AUGGCCGACUUUUUAGCCCUUCCUUCUUUCCUUGUGGAGAAUUCCGCUGCCGUCGCCCUCAAAGAUGCAUACCACUCGUUCUCCGAGCGAAGGGCGGCCCUCGGCCUGUCCAACCCAGGAACUGUGGAUAACAUUGCCAGGGAAGUGCAGAAGGAGGUCCUGCUGUCUAACUUUAUGUUCAGCGGUCUCCGUGCAGACUUGACAAAGGUUUUCGGCAUGUCUCCCCUGUUCCGUGUCUCGCACGCCUUCUCCAUGGGCGGGUCUGGCAACCUGCCUCCAUAUGCCUUCUCGGCCAUGUACGGAACUCCUAAGGUUUUCAUGCAAGGUAACUUCGGAAGCGAUGGCGCUCUCGCCGCUGUUUUCAACUACCGAUGGAACCCCAAGCUGGUCACCAAGACCAACACUCAGAUCAUGGCCGGUGCUAGCCAGGGCCUCCUGCAAAUCGAUAACGACUAUACCGGUGAUGACUUCUCCGCAUCUAUUAAGGCCUUCAACCCAUCCUGUCUGGACGGUGGCCUUACUGGAAUCUUUGUCGGAAGCUAUCUUCAGUCCAUCACUCCCAGCCUUGCCCUUGGAUUCGAAGCGAUCUGGCAGCGUCAAGCUAUGAACACCCGCCCAGAGACUGCCCUUUCGUACUGUGCGAGAUACAAGGCAAACGACUGGAUUGCCAGUGCUCAGCUGCAGGCUCAGGGCGUUUUCACUGCCUCCUAUUGGAGAAAGCUCUCUGAGCGUGUUGAGGCUGGUGUCGACAUGAACCUUCAGUUUGCUCCUAAUGCAGCCGCUGCUUUGAUGGGAGGCCCUAGCAGAGACGGUACCACCUCUAUUGGAGCCAAGUACGACUUCCGGGCUUCGACAUUCCGUGCCCAGGUUGACAGCGCUGGUAAGGUUAGCUGCUUGCUGGAGAAGCGGAUAGCCAUGCCCAUCUCUCUUACUUUUGCUGGCGAAAUCGACCAGGCUAAGCAAUCGGCUAAGCUUGGUCUUGCUGUGUCCCUCGAGAUCGCUGGCGAGGAAUUGAUGGAGCAGCAGGAGAAGAUCGAGGCUCAGGGCAUGAUCCCUCCUCCUUUCUAA